CAGUGUUCGACCGGCCCCCGCGAGCGGUGCGCGUAUCGUGUGCCACCAACAGGCGGUAAAAUAAAAAGUAUAUGAAAUGUCAUUUCUAAAAUUCGAAUUUCAAAAGUGACGUUUACAUUUUUUAUUACCUACACAGUGCCAGUGUCAGUGACGUGGUUUUUAUUGCUAAUGUGAUUUAUAGCGAUAACUGAACAAGGAGGUUUCAUAAAAAGGCUUUUUGUUAGAUUGCGAUCUAAUUAGAAUCAUAAACAGAGAAUAAACUGAAAGAAUUGAAAGUGCAGUGUCUAACAAUGCAGUGUUGUGAAUACUAGUGGCAGUGAAGCGAAUGCGCUAGACGCCAUGUAUCGGCCGAACUUCUACGAGAGCACCUGUUUUCGGUGCAAUGAAAUUGUGUACCAGGUGGACAGGGUCGGGCCACUGAAGGAUUUCACGUUCUUCCACAGUGGGUGCUUCAAGUGCGCAGUCUGCGGCACCAAGCUGACAUUGAAGACAUAUUACAACAACCAGCACUGGACAGAAGACAAAGAGGUGUACUGCUCCAGCCAUGUGCCAAAGAUCGGUCCCGGGCAUCUGGAUAACUCGUCAGUGGGCAUUCGCAGCGCGCUUAAUGUACCCAAGAGCAAUAACUAUGUGAACGAGCAGAUACGAGGCCACGCUCGAAACAGCCAUGAGACAGAAUUAUCACCGACCCGAGCAACCAACGGCGGCAGUGUGCACGCUUCGCCCGCUCGCGAGCUGUCCCGCGACACGCCCGACUACCAGUACGGACGGUUCGACGCAAGCGCACUGCACAUAGCGCACGCUCUCAAACAAACAGAACUGCAGAAAGCCUAUCACAGACCGAGGGAGAAACCGAUCGAUUGUUAUUUGGAUCGCGAUGAACAAACUAAACUCGAGAUGAAACAUCGGCAGGAAGAGGAUGAUUUAUACAGAAAGUUCUCGAAACACAGAGAAGAAGAAAAUAGGCGGAUACGGGAAGAAAUACAGGAUGAAUGGGAAAAAGAGUUGGAGAGGUUAACGAACAGAUUCCAACAAGAAAUGCAAAUAAAGAAGAGAAGACCAGACUCAGAGAUUGGCGCGUUAACGUUACGGCAUCAGCAGGAGAGAGCCGAUCUGGAGAAGAAUAUGACUUUAAGAAGAGAUAAGAAGAAAGAGAGCUUGACACGGAAAAUGUUGGAACAUGAAAGGGCAGCUACAGCGGCACUAGUAGAGAAGCAGAGUCAUGAAAUGAUGGAGCUGAUCCAAGAGCGAAGGUCUGAAUACAUGGCGGCGUCUUCCCUCUAUCUGGAUGGGGAAGAAGCUCCCCCCUACCCGGCGAGGGCGCCUCCCCCUCAACCGCCUUUAGUUUCUAAGUUCCACAUAUACACAGAUCCUGCGGAAUUCGCUGAGAUCGACAAAAUUGCUAUUUCGGUGGCGCAGGAAGACCAAAAGACAUUUACAGAUCUAGUCCGACAACUAGUUGGGAGGUGUGCGACGGACGUGGAGAAGGCCAGAACAAUCUUCCGCUGGAUAACCGUUAAGAAUCUCAACAACAUCCAGUUCGACGACAACUUGCGAGGCGAUUCACCGCUCGGGUUGCUGCGGGGCAUUAAACACGGAACUGAAAGUUACCACGUCUUAUUCAAAAGAUUGUGCAGUUACGCCGGUCUCCACUGCGUUGUCAUCAAGGGCUACAGCAAGUCAGCGGGCUACCAGCCCGGCGUGCGGUUCGAGGACAACCGCUUCCGAAACUCGUGGAAUGCGGUGUACGUGGCGGGCGCCUGGCGCUUCGUGCAGUGCAACUGGGGCGCGAGGCAUUUGGUCAACGCUAAAGACGCCCCUAAACCUGGGAAUAGGGGCAAGAGUGAUAGUUUAAGAUACGAGUACGACGACCACUACUUCUUGACGGACCCGCGCGAGUUCAUCUACGAGUUCUUCCCGCUGGCGGCGGACUGGCAGCUGCUGAAGACGCCGGUCACGCUGCACGACUUCGAGGAGCUGCCCUUCGUGCGCUCGCUCUUCUUCCGCUACGGCCUCUACUUUAGCGACCCCAACACUAAGGCUGUUAUGUUCACCGAUUCUACAGGUGCGGCGACUAUGCGCAUAGCCAUGCCGGCACACAUGCAGAGCUCGCUCAUCUUCCACUACAACCUCAAGUUCUACGACACGGAGGGGGACGGCUUUGAUGGCGUCAGCCUCAAGCGCUUCGUCAUGCAGUCUGUGGUGGGCAACGUGGUGUCAUUCCGCGUGCACGCUCCGUGCUCGGGCGCGUUCCUACUCGACAUAUUCGCGAACGCGGUCACGCCGCGCGAGUACCUCACUGGAGAGCCCAUGAAGUUCAAGAGCGUUUGCAAGUUUAAGAUUUGUUGCGCUGAGCUGCAAACAGUGAUGGUGCCGCUGCCGGACUGCGCGAGCGGCGAGUGGGGACCCACUAAAGCCACUAGACUUUUUGGCCUCGUGCCUAUCACACACCAGGAAGCGUUAGUGUUCGCGGGAAGAGAGUUAGAAAUCCAAUUCCGCAUGUCGCGCCCCCUGGCGGACUUUAUGGCGACGUUACACAAAAAUGGCGUCGACGAGAAACGGCUGUCGAAGUUCGUGCAACAGAACGUGUCGGACGACAUCGUGUCGUUCUACAUUACGUUCCCGGAGGAAGGACAAUACGGGUUAGAUAUUUACACUCGAGAAAGAAAUGGACCAACGGCGAUACACCAAAACGGAUCUACUGAGAAGGAAAAACAUCUACUUACGCAUUGCUGUAAAUACCUCAUAAACAGCAGCAAACGGAAUUAA